AUGGGAGCAGCCUUGUCCAUCUCCGCCGUCGACGCACUAGCCAGAGCGAUCAAGAACCACGCGCCUCAGAGGUGGUUAACUGCACCCCAUCAUGGCACCACCGAUUGGUCUGGCCUGCCGGAGGACCUCCUCCUGACCGUCAUGGCAGAGCUGGAUGUCCCCAGCAUUAUCCGAUCCGGCGCCGUCUGCACGUCCUGGCACCACGCCUAUGAGACCUUCCGCCGCCUCCGCCUUCCCUCGCCAAAGCAGGCCCCUUGUAUGUUCUACUCCUGCGACGAGUACGGGCCCAACUACGGCGCCCUGUAUUGCCCCUCCACCAACGCCACGUUCCGUGUCCCCUUUCAAAGGCCCCUCGAACAGAGCCGGGGAUUCAUCUCCUCUUGUCACGGCUGGGUUUUCGCCACCGACGUGUCAGGGGACCCUUACCUCCUCAACCCUAUUACUGGCUCCCGGGCCGCACUACCACCCCUUCAAUAUAAUACCAGGUCUAUUCUUGAUUAG